UUCUAGCAUACACGUAUCAUCACAUUAUGUUAUUAUUCGCACAUACACCGCCCAAAAGUAACAGUAUUUAAGAUCUGGAGAGCCAAGAAAAAAACAGCAUCAGCAACAGUUUCUCUGUUUUUGUUGUUUUCUUGUUUUCCUGAAGCCCGCUUAGUAAGACGAAGUGGGAAGGAAUGGGAGACGCAAGUGAAGUGAAAGGGGAAUGUUCAGGCAGUGGGAAGGGGAAGAAGAUGUUUGAGGAAGAAGAAAAUGAAGACAAGUUGUUGGCAGGCGUAGGAUACAAAGUGUGUUCCUCGGACAUGGUUGACGUGGCACACAAGCUCGACCAAUUGGAGAUGGUAAUGGAGGAAGAUGGGAUUUCCCAUCUCGCCUCCAACACUGUGCAUUACGACCCGACCGAUCUUUACGGUUGGGUCCAGAACAUUCUCAACAACGCGCCCAAUCACACCAUCACCACCAACAGUAACAACGCUGUCAUUCCAUCGCCGUUAAUCACUGUCCCCGAGAACGAUCUAACAGCGAUUCCAUUGCCAUACGUCGAAGAUUAUCCACAAACAGAAAAUCAGAAUUGCCACAAGCGAUUCAAGAGUUCUUCAUCUCCGUUGUGGCCCGCGAUUUCAUCGGACAACAUUCUUCCGGUGGUUCUGGUGGAGGAAGCCGGCGUGUAUCUCGUCCAUGCACUCAUGGCCUGCGCGGAGGCCGUUCAAUUAGGAAACGCGAGCCUCGCGUCAAGCCUUGUGAAGCAUGCAGGAACCCUCGCUGUGUCGCAAGGAGGUUCAAUGGGGAAGGUUGCAUCGUUCUUCGCUCAAGCUCUCGCUCGAAGAAUCUAUGGAUUCUAUCCUUACGAGACUCUAGACUCUUCCUACUCCGACAUGCUUCACACACAUUUCUACGAAUCGAGCCCGUACCUGAAAUUCGCGCACUUCACGGCGAACCACGCAAUCCUCGAAGCAUUCGCCACCGCGGACACGGUGCAUGUCAUCGAUUUUGGCCUGAAGCAGGGGUUGCAGUGGCCGGCGUUCAUGCAAGCACUAGCGGUCCGUCCGGGGGGUCCGCCAGCGUUCCGCCUCAGCGGGAUCGGACCGCCGCGGCUCGACGACCCCGAUUCCGACACGCUUAGUCAGGUCGGUUUGAAACUGGCGGAACUCGCUCGAAAAAUUAGGAUUCAAUUUGAGUUCCGCGGAUUCGUGUGUAACAGUUUAGCUGAUCUAGAUCCGUCCGUUCUCGACAUCCGAGCAGGAGAAUUCGUCGCGGUUAACUCUAUCUUCGAGCUUCACCGCUUGCUGGCGCGACCUGUUGACAUUGAAAAGGUGUUAGCCACGGUUAAGAGGAUUAAACCGGAGAUUGUUACCGUGGUGGAGCAAGAAGCGAAUCACAACGGUCCGGUUUUUCUGGAGCGGUUCACGGAGGCAUUGUACUAUUACUCUAGUUUGUUUGACUCGAUGGAGGGAUCGGUGGCGGCGCCGAAUGAACAGGCGUUGGUGAUGGCGGAGAUGUACUUGGGGAGGCAGAUAUGUAACGUUGUGGCGUGUGAGGGAGAUGAACGAGUGGAGAGGCACGAAACGCUGGGUCAGUGGAGAGCGCGGCUCGGUUUGGGCGGGUUGGAACCGGUUCGCAUGGGUUCGAACGCGUUUAGACAGGCGAGGAUGUUGCUUGGCCUAUACCCUGAGGCGGGAGAAGGGUACAGAGUGGAAGAAAACAAUGGGUGCCUCUUGCUCGGGUGGCACACGAGGCCACUCGUUGCCUCGUCCGCGUGGAGACUCGCGCCCAAUGGUUUGCACCCAGUUAGAGAUCAGAAUGAGAUGAACCAAGAUUCCCGAUACUGUUAAGUCAAAGUAGAGUGACUGAAUCGUAAGAGAGUUCCAGAGACACAGGAAGGGUAAAUAGAAAGGUAAAAAACCAACUAAAAGAUCUUAAUUAUAAUUACUCUGCCAUAGGUUACCCUUCCUAGUAUAUUUUUUUUGUUUACCUCUUAAGUUAACGAAAGACUUUCAAUAUUUUUUAUUCA